GUUCUGCUAGAAUGAUAACAACAGAGUAUUAGAAAUGUUUCUAAUGUUAAUUAAUUUUACUAAAUUCAUUCCAUUCUCAAUUUAAAUAUAUUUUCAUAAAAAUUUCAUUUUGAAGCGUUAUAGGCUGUCAGUACUUCAGUUGUUCAUUAUUUUAGUUGGUAACCUUAUUCCAUGAACAUAAACUAAAGUCUUUAGUUUCUUUAUAAACUAAAGUCUUCUUCAUGACUGACGCAACUUCUUGUUAUUAUUAUUAGUAAUUAAGUAGGUAUAAUAGAACAAAAAUGGAAGAAGAUGAUGAUGGAAUUAGUCAAGCUUGCCGACUAAUAAAGCCGCUUUGCGAUGAUAUUAUAACUAAUCCCAAUAGAAAAAAUGUUUUGAAAUUGGAAAAUGUGAUCUCAAAUUCUCCAAAAACAGUUUUGCAGCGACUGCAGUUUGUAAUUUCGUUUCCGAUAGAACUCCAUUUAUUCAACAACAAUUCUCUGAGUUCUGAAGUUAAACGUUACUUGGUUGAUGCACUCACUGCACUACUACUUCUCACAGAAACGACAUCAAUUGAAAAGUUUGUGAAGCUUUAUUCAGGUGUUUUCAAGCUGCUCACUCGUGAUAAAGAGGCAUCGAUUGCAACUGAUUUGUCUGAGGAGUUGAAGUUGAGCGUUUUGAAUUGUGUUUGUGCACUGUUCAAAUCGACGCCCUUCCAUGUCCUUGAAACUUUGUACGUCAAGAAAUACCAUCCAAUGAUGAGCUUUGGUGUGUUUCUGUGUACCAAGUUAGUGAAGGAAGAAAAAAUGAUCCAGUUAAGAGUGACCGCGAUGAAAUGCAUUUUGCAUGUGCUACAACAGCAUGAUAAAGCUGAAUCGACAGCCGAUUCGAUGUUCAUGUACAAUGUGAGUAACAUUGCUGUGCUAAUGAUGCCUGGUAUUGUUAGCGUUGCCACCCUUGCUGCUUGUGGCGGUCAUGUGCAAAAUCAUCAAGUCACAUUGAUGGGUGUAAGACUUUGGGGGAGAACCAUUGCUCUUUGUUUGAAUGACAAUUACAAUGUGAGCAAGAGCAAACCAGGCGAUAACUGUGAUAAAAAUGAGUAUAAUUUGCAUUGCAUUGAUACCUUCACUAAACAGCUUGGAUCGGAAUUACUUCCGGUUUCAAAGAGCAAUUCGAAAAGUGUGCAAUCACUUGAAAAAGAUAAUCCAAGAACUGAAAAAUGGAUUAGUGAAGUAUCCAGCAAACUUGAAGCUGUAAUACAGAAAAUUAUAACUGAGUCACAAUCUCAUAAAAAUCACAAAGUUCGCUUGCAAUUAGUGGAAAUAAUAGACUUACUACUUUCAUCUUGUGUUUGGAAUAUGCGGCAAUCUCUAAGGUAUAUGAUUGAAGCACUGAUUGUUUUGAGCCAAGAUGAAAUGGAUCUCAUAUCAACUAAAAGCAAAGAAGCGCUGGAGAAGUUCUCUCGUUUAUGUAGUUUAGGAACUGGAAAAGAAUUCCUAGAGCUGGUGGAGGAAAAUUUCUACUCAUUUAUGUCGUCGUUUCCCAGAUUAGUUCUGAAAUUUGGUAAUAAUGAGAUGAUAUUGCUGAACGGCUAUCUGGAAGUAUUGGGUCCUUUUCUACCGCGCGUCCUUUCUUCUGACAACCAUCUCACUUGCCUCAUCACCUGUCUCACUCAAGCUGUCCUGCUCGAUACUAAGUCCAUAUCUCUUCGAUCAGAACUCUCGUUACGAGGUGCUCCUGUCUCGAUGGAGAAUCACAAAGGCUUAAUAAAAGAGGUGUUCAACUGUUACAAAGAUUUACCUGUGUGGCCAGCAUCUGAAAUUCUUGAUCUUCAAGACUCAGUCAAUAAACAACAAAUAAGAGUUUUACAGCUAUGUCUUGCUAUUGAAGGAAUGGGCAAAAUGUCGGUGGCUGUAGGGAAAGAGAUAUUCGGACCCAUGCUACUUCAUUCACUCUAUGCCAUCUUGGAAGCUGCUGGAAGUCCAUUGGAAGUUGUUGCUGCAGCAGGUCAGGUGCUGGAACAAAGCUACGAUGUGUUUCAAAUGAAUAAAGUGCAAUCUUAUUUGAGGGCAUUCUUCACAUUCAUCUGUUGCAUCCGGAAAUGGGAAGAAGACGAAAAGAUUAUUAACGGCAACAUUCCAAUUGAUCGGUCCGAAGAUAGCGAUCGGAUUAAAAGUCCCAUUGAAGUUCUUUCAGAUUAUAAAAAAUCAAAACAAUUAGUAGAAGAAUCUGAUUCAGAAGAGGAGGACACCGCUGAUUUGCGAACCACUGAAGAAAAGUUUAGGGAUGAAUCGGAAAGAUUCAGAGACCUGCAAAAUGACAAAUUGGAGGAUGUUGAUGAUACAGUUGAUGAAAUGGGUUGCGAGAAGAAGAAUGUUCCUCCACAUAUAAUGUUGGUUAUCAACAUUUUGAAACGUAGUCUCAACUUUCUUCCUACAAAAGAUAGCAGUCAACAGAUACUAGUUAUCCAGGUACUAGAAGAAGGUGUUUUGCUUCUAAAGCACUAUCAGGAUCAGCUUCUGCCUGUGGUGCAUCUGAUCUGGUCCCCGCUAGUCAACCGGUUCAAAGGCGCACCAUCUGAGCCACUGCUCAUGCAUCGGGCAUUCCUGCUUCUCACCACUCUGGCUGCAACGUCCAAAGACUUCAUUCGUCAUGACACUCUCAAGAGUGUUUUUCCUUCUAUCUGCUCAUAUCUGAAAGAAACGAGUGCUAAGAGCCAUCUCAAAGACAAACAAUCAUUUUAUCGAUUAUCACAAGAGUAUAAACUGCAAAGAUGUAUUAUUGAGAAACUUGGAAAAUUAGCUUUGGAUUUGGAAGUAUUUGAGAAAAAUAUCUACGAUAUUUUGGAUGCUACUUCGCCCUACCUCAGCUGUUAUCAACCUCAACCUCUUCAGGAUGCAUGUAUCAACUUGUACCUCAGCUUAUCAACUAGAUCAUGUGACUUAGUUUGGUUGCAUUUGCUGAGCAUAUGGUCUCCAGAGUCAUCUUUUGUGUCAUGUCAUCCAGGAUUUAAUACCAUUGAGUUGACCGAACAUUCUGAGGACUCUGAAUUUCACAAAAAUGUCAAAUCUCUUCUGAGUCAACUCUCUUAAUAAAGAUUUUGUUAUGUAA